AUGUCCGAUCUUGGUAAGAACCCGUUCGGGCAACCGCAACCGCAACCGCAACCGCCCGGCUUUGGCGCAUUCGGAUCGAACAUCCGCAACUCUAACCGUCCUAGUAGUUGGUUUUCCGGUUCCAGCACGCCAUCAUCUUUUGGCACCACACAAGGAUCAUUCCCUGGAACUUCUGGCGAGUUUGUGAUACUAAGUUCUCCUUCUCCAGAUCCCCUCGGUUCGUUCGGACCGCGGUUGUCUAGUUCGGCGCACACGUUCCCACCCACAACCAGGGCUCCUAAUAGUGCAACCAGUGCGUGUGAAAGCCUCAAACUGCUCAUUUAG